ACAUUCUGAGUAAGUCCCCGUGAAACCAAAAAGUUAAGCCCCCCCCGUAAACCUAAUUGGUCUCCAUAAUCCAGUUUUGUGAAGACAAUAUUAACCCCCAAAUACAUCAAAAAAACCUCAUCGGUAAAUCAACAAAUAAAACAAAUACGAUGCCCCAUCAACGUCGCCGAAGUGUAUCACCACUAGAGGACAGGAACCGACGCCAACAUAACCCCUCUCACAAACGUCAACAGCGUACCUUAUAUGACUGUCGCCUAUGUCGUCAAGAUCAUCCCCUCAGGAAGUGCAUCAAAUUUAAAGCAAUGAACGUAUCCGAGAAGCUGAAGGUCGUGAAACGUUAUCAAUAUUGUGAGAAUUGCCUUGGCCACUCACAUCUGAUUGCAUCCUGUCGCAAUUCAGACCGUUGCCGACAAUGCCAGGGCAAGCACCAUACUUUGCUUCACCGCCAUAAACGUUUAAACGAGCCUCUUAUCAAAAACCAACCAGCCCCCAAUAUGCGUUCAAUUACCCUAUUCCCUACCGUAAUCGUGAAGAUGGAACUGGGAGGGAAAUUUAGCAGCGUCAGGGGACUUCUUAACCCCUGCGUGGAGGUCAGUUCUAUUGCAAGCUUUCUGGUAGAUCGUCACAAGCUGAUACAGGAGAAAAUUGGAUCCGAUCUUUUCUGUAAAAUCAAAUUUCGUUCACGCCUCGACGAGAAUACAACGUUUAAUGUAUUGGCAAUGGUAGUAAAUGACCUCCCAAGAAAGCAGCCAAAGGAGAAAAUUGAUUCUCGCGUGACAUCUCUUUACACGAAUCUUCGUCUAGCAGACCCCUACUUUUUUGCAAAUUUCGACAUCAACUUCGUGCUCGGAGCAGAUAUCUAUCCUCGCCUUAUCCGGGCCAACAUUCAGCCAGAAUCUGUUGGUACACCGAUGGCACAAGAUACGGUUCUAGGUUGGACUAUUAUAGGAAGAUUUGGCAUCUAAACCACCCACAAGUUCAACAUUUGCUGUACAAUAUAUAUUAUAUUUUUCUUUUCCUUAUUUUUAUUUUUUUUUCCUUUACCUUGAUUAUGUAUAAUUUGAAUUCCUUUACAUAACUGCUCUUAUUCUUUGUUAUUCUUUUAUAAAAUACUAUAUUUUUGUUAUUGUAUUUAUUAGGUAUUUGUUGCAUAAAUGAAUUAUUUCUUAUUAUGAUUUUUGGAUUAUUUUGUACAUAUAUUCUUAACAACCUGUUCAUCUUGAAUAUUUUUUUAUUAUGUUGCAUAAUGGCAAGGGGGGCGGGAUGUUUAUGCGUCUCAUAAUAUAUCUUAAGCAUCCAUAUUCAAAUAUCGCGUAAUGUACAACAAACUUCCAAUUGUUGCGAAGUUUGUUUGUACAUUU